AUGCGUGUUCAGGAUCUGGCGGAUGAAUUUACUGCGUUCCAGACUCGUAUCGAUCGUAGUUUGGAGGACAUGCAAGCUAGGGUUGAACAACGUUUCAACGAACACCAGAAUCAAUUUCUCAGUCUCUCUGUGCAAAUGCAAGAAAUACAUGCAGCGGUGGUUGGAUCCACGGCUCAUGCACAUCGUGCUCCUUCUGUUUCUGUGCACGAUUUGGGCGGAACAUCACAUCCGCGAUUUGGUACUGACGAUCCCCGUUCGUUUAUGAAGUCUAUUCGAAUGGAGUUGCCACUCUUCAACGGAACAGAUCCGAAUAGUUGGAUCUUCCGCACGGAGCUUUAUUUUGGUCUGCAACAAGUUCCUGAUUCGAUGAAGGUGAAAUUGGCGGGAAUGCGCAUGGAAGGUCUAGCAGGUCCUUGGUUUCAGUGGUUAUUCAAUGGUGGUUCUGUUCAAUCCUGGGAGCAAUUAAAACUGGCAAUUCGACAGCGAUUUGGUGGCACGGCAUAUACCGAUUUGAGGGGCGUUCUUUCGAAGCUCACACAGGAAGGAAGCUUGAAUGAUUAUAUUAAAAAUUUUGAGGCAUUGAUCAAUCAGGUCGCUGAUUUUUCUGACGAAAUUUUAAUGAGCUUCUUCGUAUCUGGUUUACUUCCAGAUUUACGAAGAGCUAUUCAGCUCCAUUCCCCCACCACUCUUCACCAGGCAAUGCAGCUAUCACUUACUUAUGAUGCUCAUUUCGUGGAGUUAAGAUCUUCUUUUACAUCUGCAGGCAGUAAGAAGAGUUUUGUUAAGAGCUCUUAUACAGUGGAGCAACCCAAACCACUGACUGCCAUAUUACCGAGUGACAAACCUGCCUUACCUGCUCUACCAUCUAAUGUUCCUUUUAAGAAAUUGAGUACUGAAGAUUUACGCAAAAGGAGGGAGUUAGGAUUGUGCUACACUUGUGGUGAGAAGUGGAAUUCUCGCCAUAAGUGUCCUGCCAAACUUUUCUUGUUGGUGGGUGACGUUGAUGACCAAUUAGAGGAACCUGAGGAACAGAUUGUGUGGCAACCUGAGGUAGCACACGAAGAUAGUCAUGAAGCUGCCUUACAUUCUUUAAAAGGGGAAAUGAAUCCUCGAGCCCUUCAGUUUCGGGUUACAUUCAAAGGUCAGUUCAUUGCCAUUCUUAUCGACUCUGGAAGUUCUCACAAUUUUAUCCAGAAACAACUAGUGGAUGCUGCAGGUUUGUCUACUAUAAAAGUUCCUAGAAUGCGUGUUUUUAUGGGUAAUGGGGAGUUCCUAGUGUGUGAUAGGAAAUGUUUGAAUGUGCCAUUGGUGAUCCAAGGUUAUAGUUUCUGUGUUGAUCUGUGGGUUAUCAAUUUGUCUGGAUUUGAGGUGAUUCUGGGUAUUUCUUGGCUGAGUAAUUUGGGCAGGGUCAUUCAUGACUAUUCUGAGUUGUCUAUGGAGUUUGUGUAUCAUGACAAAAGGGUGAUUUUGCAUGGAGACUUCAUUGGUCGAAAGGAGAAAACUGUUGUUCCACAAUGUUUAACAUUCACAGGUGAAGUGAUGCAGUUGGUUCCUGGUAUUGUACCUGAAUUGUUGGCCUUGAAGGAUAAAAUUCCUGUUGCUGUGUGGGAGAUUUUGUUACAGUUUCAAUCAGUUUUUCAAUUACCUCAAGGGCUGCCACCUUCGAGGAAUUGUGAUCAUGCAAUACAUUUAGUUGCAGGAGCUCAACCAGUCAAUGUGAGGCCAUAUCGAUAUGCUCACCAUCAAAAGGAGGAAAUUAAAAAGCAAGUUUCAGACUUAUUGGCUUCUGGCUUCAUUAGGGAAAGUAGAAGUCCCUUUUCUUCUCCUGUCUUGCUAGUUAAAAAACAUGAUAAUUCUUGGCGAAUGUGCAUUGACUAUAGGGCUUUGAACAAUAUUACAAUCAAGGACCGUUUCCCCAUCCCUACCAUAGAUGAGUUAUUGGAUGAACUUCAAGGAGCAAGGGUGUUUACCAAGCUUGAUUUGAGGAGUGGCUAUCAUCAGAUUUUACUAGUUCCUGAGGAUACAUCCAAAACCGCAUUUAGAACUCAUGAGGGGCAUUAUGAGUUCUUGGUAAUGCCAUUUGGUUUAACCAAUGCACCCUCCACCUUCCAGGCAGCCAUGAAUCAUAUGUUUAAACCUUAUCUCCGCAAGUUCAUCGUUGUUUUCUUUGAUGAUAUCCUUAUAUAUAGUGGAUCAAUGGGGGAUCAUUAUAAUCACCUUGUCUUAACUUUAAGUUGUUUGCAGGAAAAUCUCUUCAUGGUUAAAGUCAGCAAGUGCUCCUUUGCAUUGAACGAAGUGGAGUAUUUAGGCCACUUGGUUUCGGGUUCUGGUGUGAAGGCUGACCCAAAAAAAAAUUGA